AUGGGGAGAGGAAAGAUUGAGAUCAAGCGUAUCGAGAACAACACGAGCCGGCAAGUUACCUUCUGCAAGAGGCGGAACGGGUUGCUCAAGAAAGCCUAUGAAUUGUCUGUGCUUUGCGACGCAGAGCUUGCGCUGAUCGUCUUCUCCAGCCGCGGCCGCCUGUACGAGUACUCCAACAAUAGCACCAAGACAACAAUAGAGAGGUACAAGAAGGCAUGCGCCAACACUUCAAAUGCAACCUGCACUAUUGACACCAACUCUCAGCAAUACUUUCAGCAGGAAUCAGCAAAGUUGCGCCACCAGAUACAGAUUCUGCAAAAUGCAAACAAGCACUUGAUGAGUGAAUCCUUGAGCUCACUCAGUGUAAAAGAGCUAAAGCAACUGGAAAACAGACUUGAAAGAGGCAUCACAAGGAUCAGAUCAAAAAAGCACGAGCUGUUGUUUGCAGAGAUUGAGUACAUGCGGAAAAGGGAAGUGGAGCUUCAGAAUGAUAAUGUAUACUUAAGAGCCAAGGUAGCAGUAGCAGAGAGUGAUCGAGCACAGCAAGAGAUUAUUGUGUCGACUGGCACGGAAUUUGAUACUCUUCCAACUUAUGAUUCGAGGAACUAUUACCAUGUCAACAUGAUGGAGGGAUCCUCUCACUAUUCUCAGCAUCAAGAUCAGACUUCCCUCCAUCUUGGUUAUGAGAUCAAAGAUAGUUCUGCUACAAAGAGCUCGAUGUAAGCAUCUCUGGUUCAAUGAAAUUGAUACUAGCUACUAGUGUCUCAGCACUUGAUGUUAAACCCACUGGUAUUUGUAACUCAUAUGCACACUUAUGUAUUGGUAUUUUGAAAAUAAACUGCACAUGUGGCUAAGCAAAAUUAUGAACCAGAUGUUCCUAAUCUUAAUACCUCUUUUUAAUUAUUAUUAUUAUUUUUUACUUAUCCUGGUUUAAGUUCAAAGUGAAAUCUUAAACUGCUUGUUAUGCGUAGCCUAGAAUUGAAUAAUAACCAUUCUCUGUUUUCAAAUUUUUUAAUUAACCUAAUCAAAUUUGUCCUCCAAUUUAUUCAAUAAUAUAAUAUUAACAUGGUUAAUAUUAUAUUAAAUUACUUGGAGUUCAAAUCUUCUGUCCCCAAUAUCACCUGUUCCCAUAUCUCACUCAUCAUCCCUGCCCACCAUCGGUGGCCUCCUGUCACCACCUCAAUCAAUACUAUAACCCUUAGGGAAGGUGAACCCAAGGGAGUCGUCAUCGGCACGAUCGACGUUGGAAUCUGACCGGAUCUAAGUAGACUUUCCUCUAUCGUCGAUCUGAGUCCCUGCUCAGAUUAACAUGGUUAAUAUUAUAUUAAACUUCCCUGUAUCCCACUCAUUGUCCUUGCCCACCACCGGCGGCUUCGUGUCGCCUUCCUGUCGCCGCCUCAAUUAACACUAUAACCUUUAGGGAAGGUGAACUUAAGGGAGUCGUUAUCGGCACGAUCGGUGUCGAAAUCCGACCGGAUCUGAGUAGACUUUCUUCUGCCGUCGAUCUGAGUCCCUACUCAGAUUCGGCUUGAUUCCGACGCCGAUCGUGCUGAUGACGACCCCCUUGGGUUCAUCUUCCCCAAAGAUUAUAGUGUUGAUCGGGAUGACGGCCGGAGGCCGUCGGCGAUGGGCUGGGACGACAUGUGGGACACGGGGAUAGAGAAAUUUGGGGACAGGAGAUUUGAACUAAACGAGGGACGCGAUGGGCUGGGACGAUGGCCGGAGGCCUGUCGACGCCGUCGGUGUAGAGCGGGCCCCGGUCUGACCACCCCGCCAGGAUCUCCUGGUAGUCGAGCUUGAGCGCCAGGAAUCAGGGCGUCGUGGCGCCCUGCCACAGAUCCACUCCGACGGCGACGGCGCCGGUGGUCGCCACCUCCUCGUCAGACGAGGAGGAGCGCCAGGACGCCCACCGCUCCCGGCCCCGGAGCGCUCGCCUCGCGAGCACAUCCGCGUCACCUCCGACAUCAUCCUCCCAGCUCAUCGACCGCGAAUCGACGGUGACGAAGAAGAUGCGCCGCCGUCGCCGCCGCCGAGGACGGCCGCGAGGGUAGGAUUCGUGUCCCCGCCGCAGUCUUCGAGGAGGGAGGCAACGGGGGUGUCGCGGUCGAUGAUAUCCGGCUGAAGCGGGAAGAGGUCCAGCUGGUGUCGGCCACCUAUCCACUCACCUUCGGCCGC